AUGGCUAUCUUUGGUGCUGUGCCUCCUCCUGAGAGCAUUGAUGCUUCGGUCGCCCCCACUGCUGCCGCCACUGCUGCCGCUGCCCAUCCAAGCAUUCAUCCACAGUCUCUCACGCCGCCACCGGCGGGCUUCAACCCUUCUCACGCGGCGACAUCCGCAAUCGACAUUGAAGCGUGGACCAUCUCCGCUCUUGAGUCGCUGAGUGUCAGCCCGAUUGCUCGCGGCACCGGAACUCCUCUCGGCAUCAACAUCGAUGAGCAUGUGACGAAGCCGACGACCGUUACAAUUGCCACCGAGACCCCGGCCGCUGCACAACAGACACCGAUCCGUCGGCCGUUGAGUCGAAGGGAUAGCCAGAAGAAGAGGGAGGCGCUGCUCAAGGGUAACGAGGGUACUCGGCAGCGUCGAAGAUGGGAGAACGAUCGCCUGAUUGGCGUCCCGAACGUGCAACCUCCUCUGCCAAGUGACUGGGAGGUUCAUCCCACAUAUCCUGUUCAGGUUGUCCGGUACGACAUCGCCAAGUACUGGGAUACUGGUCUCCGCGAGCGCAUCGAAGAUAAGACCGCAAAAUUGCAGGCGCAGAGGAAAAAGCAGCAACGUAAGGACGGGUCCGCCACUGGCCUUGGUAUGGGCGAGGUGCCUCGCGACCUGCGAGAGACUGCCAAGCGCUCGCCCGCGAUUAAGGGCUGGGUGCGUGUGCUUGAGGAGCCUAUCAGGAGCUUCCUCAAGGAGCGUAGCGAGGAGAGUGACGCCGAGGGUGACAGUGAGGACGAAGAGAUCGUGUUUGUCGGCCGCAAGGGCAUGACUGCUGCCGGUAAGGGGUGGAAGAAGGCCCGGCGAGAGGUGGGGAGCGAAAAGGUCGACACCGGCAUGGUGUUCGAUUCCCUGGGCGAUGAUGAGAGUGCCUCCUUCAAGCGAUGGUUGACGCACUCCAUCUCGGACUACUAUGGCCUAGAGUCCCGGUCCAUCACGACCGGCAACCCUUCGCGUCGGGUCGUCUACGUGACUGUCAAGGAGCAGCCGAGCAAGUACUCAGGCCCCCGGAAACACGCCGCACUGCCGCGACCGUUGUGGGAAAUGUGCUGA